GUCUGUUCGUGCGGUGCGUCACUUCAAGCAAAUUACAGGUUGAGUACGAAUGACAAUCCAAUCCAAUCAGCUCACCUCAGCUCCUGUGCAAGUCAGGUCCCCUCUCUCAAAAUGGCAUCACUGCCAAAGAUCAGAUGAGAUGAGAUGUCUGUGAGGCGAAACAUGACCCGUGAGACUGUCACCAACAAAUAUAAAAUGUAGACAGCGAUGUGACGGACAUCGGAGGAAUCGAUGAACACGGAUGCGCACACAGCGGCCGGCCAUUCAGGAAUGGUGGGCGAAAGUCACCUGAGACACGACACCGAUAUGUCUCUCUGCUGCCUGCUGGUGGCUGCGUUUGUCUUCGCUUACCAGUGAUUUUGCCUUUUGCCUCUUUCUCCUCUCGCUUGCGGGAUGGCGAUAAGAAGACGCUGUCGAGGUCGACCACGACGGUGGUCUUGCUGUUGAUGAUGGCCGCGCUGAGGGCCGCCUCGAUCAUGGCCGUCAUGGCCGCCUCAGCCUCGGUGAUGAACCAUCCAUUGGUGGCGCGAUGCUGCCCGGGUGAGGGCUGAACGAUGGCCAGCGGCAGGCAGGCCGCCUUGGGCAACAGCGGGUACCCCUUGCUCUCCCGCCCUCUGUAGAUGUUGACGCCCGCGCAGUAGGUCACUUGGAUCGACUUGACGCCGGACAGCGCGCCCCAUCCUGUGUUGGUCCGCAGGUGCUCGCACAGAUCCGAGCGGCCGACGAGACCACCACGUUCCUCCAGAUACAGGUCCUUGAGUUGAGUCUUCUGCUGCGCCACGUGUGUGGCCAGUGAGAGUGCCUGGGAGUCGAUUCCAGGAAAGCCGAAGGGGUUGCUGGGUUUGUGGGGCAGGAACGUCAGGAGGAGGGUCGCCGCGGGGUCCUCCUUCUCAAUCUUGAGAGCGCUGAAAUUGAGAAGGGAUAGAUGGAUGGAUUGAUUGACGAAUCGAUAUCCUUCUCCCUCCCUGCCUCCCUCCUGUCUGCCUGCCUGCCUGCCUGCCCGUUGUGUGUGGCUAGGUACUUACACGUCCACCCAGUCGGCGGCGUGCAGGGACAGGUUGACCCCGUCCCAGGUGCUCCGAUACGGCGGCAUCAUGUAGGGGUCCUUCUCUUGAAUGACCUUGAGCUCGGGGGUGUAGUCGAAGUCCGAACCGUAGAAGAACACCGAGCCGCCGGUGCUCUCCUCGUUGCGCAGCCCGCCACGCGCGAAGCUGGUGAUCUUGGCCCCCAGCUGGAGCAGGCGUUUCUGGUGUAGAUCCAACGUCUCGGUAGCCGCCUCGAUGUUGAGCUGCCGCACGGCGGGCAGCGACACCUCAUAGUACCGAGGGGUCGGGGAGACAGUGGAUUGGACCGUCUGGGGCGGAGGCAUGAGGUGGCUGGCCGUCCACUGGUAGCCGAACUUGAGUGCGUGUUCGUUGGCGUCGAGAAUCGCGUUUCGGGCGUUCCUGAGGAACUGCUUCCGCAGAGGUUCGGGAGGGGGCACCGGGUAGGGGGAUGGGUCGUAGGGCCCGCAGAAACUUUGGCUUAGCGUGCAAUAAACACAAUUUGGCCGGCGGCAGCUCAGCGCGAUUCGCACCGUCACCCACAAUGUCAAUACCUGCAGACAAACAGACCACGAAGAUACAGACCACGAAGAUAAGAAGACCCGUGUCUCUGUGAGUCGUGCUUUUUUCCCUUCCAUUACGGGAUUGGUAAUGUGGGGCCUCCCUCCCUCCCUCCCUCCCUCCUUUCCUCACUCCCUCCUUUCCUUACUCCGUUCCCUACUGACGCACCAGCUUGUGCCAUGGCGAGUGUGAUGGUGGGGAUGCCGUUGUACCCUCCUCGCAAGCUCAGCGGGUCGUCAUUGAUGAAGAAUCCCAUCUUGCCCUUGCCCUUGCCCUUCCCAAGGCCACCGCUACUGACGGCUUGGGCCGCUUGGCCCUUCGCUGCCUCCAUCAGGGCCCGCAGAAACGUGGGCUUAGCGUGCAACAAGCAGAGCUUGGCCGGCGGCAGCUCCACGCCAUUCCCACCCCCACGAGCAAUGCCCAUACCUGCAAACAAACAAAGAUCCGUGAGUCAUGUGGAGUGUUUUUUUCGCUUACACACCGUUCUGGUAGUAGGGAAGAGCCAGCGCUCUCUUGAAGGCCUGGAUGGGUGCGUCGGAGUAGAUCAUGUCGUUGAGUUCCCAUCCGUCGAAUGCGGCCAGCUCCUCUUGCUUACUGCUGCUGAAUGAGCACUCGCUGUCCUCGCCAGGCGCCUCCCCUCUUCCUCGCCGUCGUCACGACUCCUCUUGUUCGGGCGGUGGGGCGGCUGCAGCUCCUCUGCUGGCACUCCGUUGGACAUAGACCCCUGCUGCUGCUGCUGCUGCUGCUGUCUCUGCUGCUGCUCCAUCGGCUGCUCCAGAUCGGCGAUGGAUAAGUCUUCGACGAUGGGCUCCUCCUUCUCAUCGAUGAUAGCGCCGUACUGCUGCUGCUGCUCCUGCUCUUCCUGGUUGAUCGGGUCAACCGGCACCAGAAGCGGCCCAAUGGCAUCAAAUCCUUCCUCAGCCCUCAUCUCCCUCUCCCUCUCCCUUUCCCUCUGCAUUCGUUGUUUGUUUCUUUGGUGUUCCAGCCACAGCCGUACCGAGAUUCUCAUGUGGGCGGUCAGCUGGGCAUUCGUCUUGGGUGUCCCCAUCAGGCGACAGGCAUAGCGGCGGGGCCCCAU